GUCUAGAGCGAGGGGGCUGGGCUCCCGGUGGCAGGAGGCCGCCCUCGUUCUGGGCGAUGGAGGAAGAAGCCAGCGAGGCGGUGGGUUCGUGAGCUUCCUAAUUCCUGUGUCGCCUUCUGGGCUCCCAGCCUGCCGGGUCGCAUGAUCCCUCCAGCCGGAGCUGUUUUUUUUGCCAGCCGCCGCGAGGCCGGCUGACUUACCGGCAUCCCGGCUGCCACCUCCUCUUCCGACCUAUAUGAUACAAAAGAUAUUCGGGGACUGCACCUGCCUGCCGUCGCCUGAGACAGAUUUGAAAAACAUUAUCUUGGUUUUGGAUCUCAGAAGACAACCACUAAGCAGAGACCAGACUCAGUGAGUGAGCAGGUGUUUUGGACAAUGGACUGGUGGAGCCCAUCCCUAUUAUAAAAAUGUCUCAGAGCAACCGGGAGCUGGUAGUUGACUUUCUCUCCUACAAGCUUUCCCAGAAAGGAUACAGCUGGAGUCAGUUUAGUGAUGUGGAAGAGAACAGAACUGAGGCCCCAGAAGGGACUGCAUCAGAGAUGGAGACCCCCAGUGCCAUCAAUGGCAACCCAUCCUGGCACCUGGCGGACAGUCCUGCGGUGAAUGGAGCCACUGGCCACAGCAGCAGCUUGGAUGCCCGGGAGGUGAUCCCCAUGGCAGCGGUGAAGCAAGCACUGAGGGAGGCAGGUGAUGAGUUUGAACUGAGGUACCGACGGGCAUUCAGCGACCUGACAUCCCAGCUCCACAUCACCCCAGGGACAGCAUAUCAGAGCUUUGAGCAGGUAGUGAAUGAACUCUUCCGGGAUGGGGUGAACUGGGGUCGCAUUGUGGCCUUUUUCUCCUUCGGUGGGGCACUGUGCGUGGAAAGCGUAGACAAGGAGAUGCAGGUAUUGGUGAGUCGGAUUGCAACUUGGAUGGCCACUUACCUGAACGACCACCUAGAGCCUUGGAUCCAGGAGAACGGCGGCUGGGACACUUUUGUGGAACUCUACGGGAACAAUGCAGCAGCCGAGAGCCGGAAGGGCCAGGAGCGCUUCAACCGCUGGGUCCUGACGGGCGUGACUUUGGCUGGCGUGGUUCUGCUGGGCUCGCUCUUCAGUCGGAAAUGACCAGACACUGACCACCCACUCCCUCCCACCCCCGUCCUGCCCCCACCACAUCCCUCCUUCCAGCCACCAUUGCCACCAGGAGAACCACUACGUGCAGCCCAUGACCACCCAUCCAGCACAGGGUUGGGCCUACACAUGGUCCCCCGCAGUUAGUUUUCUAGAAUCUAUCAUGCUUUUGUGAGAGCCGCCUUCCCCCACACCUCAGUUCUCCUGGCCUCAAAACCCACAAAUUUUCCCCAAAAUCUGCCCCAUGGAAGCUGGCAGGUGUGUGGGGGUUUGUGGCUGGGGGCUGGAGGGCCCUGCCUAUUUGGUGGAACCCCCUUACCCUUAGCCUCCCCGAGAAUGCUUUCCUGCCAGGGAGCUGGAAAUUUUUCUGACCCUUUUUCCCAGAAAGACAGACUAGAUUGCCUUCCUUUUGAUGUUUGUGGCCUCAGAAUUAAUCAUUUCUUAUUCCUCUCCCCCACCCCGAGGACCUGGGCUCCCCUCCCUUUCAUCCCCACCCUACAAUAGCCACUUAGGGGCCACUCUGACUAAUUAGGGAUUCAGGCUGCUUGGGAUAAAGAAACAGGACCAGGACCCCUCCUCACCUCCGGCCUGGCCAAGUCCCCACUCCCAAUCCCAUGUCCUCUGGAGGCCUCUGGCUAGAGGCCAGCCCCCCCCGGGAGGGAAGGGGCUGUAGCUGCAGGAAGCACCCCAUGCCAAAGCUAUGGUGGCCCUUGCAGUUUAGCACUACCCCGGUUCCCGUCCCGUUCCCUCCCCUGGCUCCCAUGACCGUGACUGAGGGACCAACUGGGCCCGAGACAGGUGCCCCAGAGCUGUUUAUGGCCUCAGCUGCCUCACUUCCUGCAAGGAGAUCAGCCUGUGGCAUGCCUUGGGCUGCUGCCCACGGGGUCCAGGGGUUCAGGGGCCUUGGCCCAGAGGUGAAGGGGAGCUACAGGGAGCAGCUAUGGGAGCCCUAGGGUCUUCCCUACCUCAGGCAGGAAGGGCAGGAAGGAGAGCCUGGUGCGCAGGGUGGAGGUGGGGCUGGCUGGAGGGGCCAGUCCUGCCUGGCCAAACAGAUCCGUGCCACACCCCCGUUCAGCCUGGGCAGCGGGGCUGCCAGGUCAGAGUGGCCUGGCCCAGAGCCCUUCAGGCCUCUCUCCUGUGCUCCACCCAUGGCCUGUCUCAUCCCUGGGGAUCCUGGCCUAGCCUGGCCACCCCAGGCUCUCUGCUGUACAUAUUCGAGACUAGUUUUUAUUCCUUGUGAAGAUGAUAUACUAUUUUUGUUAAGCGUGUCUGUAUUUAUGUGUGAGGAGCUGCUGGCUUGCUGUGCGUGUGCACGUGGAGAGCUGGUGCCCAGAGAUUGAACAGCCUGAGGCUCCCUCCCCUGCCCUGGUCCGGGGACGCCAGCCAGGGGUCCUGGCUCCUGGGGGCACCUGUCCCUCCCCCAACCCCCACCCCACACUUUUCCAGCUCUUUGAAAUAGUCUGUGUGAAGGUGAAAGUGCAGUUCAGUAAUAAACUGUGUUGAAUCAGUGAA